CUUGACUACUACAACUAUUUAAUAACUAUGAAAUCUUAUUAGGUUCUUCCACAUCUUAAAAACUAGCUUCAUCAACCCAUUUCAUUGCUCCAUCCUCGAUCAACUAUAGUUUAUAUUUUAUCGUCUCACCCAAAAAGGAGCCAAAAUUAAAAGUAUAAUUAAGAGGAGAGAAUGAUGAUGAGGAUGAUAGACCAACACAACUUGGUACUUUGCGUAGCUUUAUCGUCACUUUGCAUUGCUUUUGCUCCUUGGAUCUCUAUUGAAGCUGCCCCUCCAUCCUCUCUUAUCACACAACUCCCUGGCUUCAAAACUUCUUUCCCAUCCAAGCAUUAUUCCGGGAUGGAAAUGUUGAGAGUGGGAAGAACCUGUUCUACUACUUUGUAAGUUCCGAAAGAAAUCCAGCAAAGGAUCCAGUUGUUCUAUGGUUGAAUGGUGGACCAGGUUGUUCUAGCUUCGAUGGCUUCGUUUAUGAGCAUGGGCCAUUCAACUUUGAGGCUUCAAGAACGGAAGGGAAUCUUCCCACCUUGCAUAUCAAUCCAUACAGCUGGUCUAAGGUUUCCAGUAUUAUUUAUUUGGAUUCACCUGCUGGGGUGGGUCUCUCUUACUCCAAGAAUUCCAGCAAAUACAACACUGGGGACUUACAAACUGCAUCUGAUACUCAUGCUUUUCUCCUAAAGUGGUUUGAGGAAUUCCCUGAAUUUCUUGAAAAUCCAUUUUAUAUUUCCGGGGAGUCUUAUGCUGGAAUAUAUGUUCCCACGUUGGCUUAUGAAGUGGUCAAAGGAAUCAAGGGUGGUAUUAAGCCCGUGAUCAAUUUCAAGGGUUAUAUGAUUGGAAAUGGUGUCACGGACAACACCUUCGAUGGCAACGCUUUUAUCCCAUUUGUGCAUGGGAUGGGCCUCAUAUCCGACAGUAUCUACGAGGAAGUAAAAGCUUAUUGCAAAGGAAAUGAUGACGAAAGUGAUAUGUGCUCAAAGAGUUACCUAAAAGUUGACAGGGCCAUUGAAGAUCUUAAUGUGUACAACAUACUAGAGCCAUGCUAUCAUAACUCAAAUACAGGUUCAACAGGGAAUGUGAGUUUGCCAACAAGUUUCAAGGAAUUAGGGAAAAGUGAGAAGCCACACCCACACCCUGUGAGGAAGAGGAUGUUUGGUAGGGCAUGGCCCCUUAAAGGCACAGUCAAAGAAGGCCCAGUUACAUUGUGGCCCCAGUUGGCUGAAGAUGGCCACAUUCCUUGUGUCAGUGAUGAGGUAGCAACUUCAUGGCUGAAUAACCAAGAAGUCAGACAGGCCAUCCAUGCUAAACCGAAAAGUGUUGCGGGUCCGUGGGAAUUAUGCACUAGAAGGAUAUAUUACAAUCACGAUGCUGGAAGCAUGAUUCCAUACCACAAGAAACUAACCAUCAUGGGCUAUCGAGCACUAAUUUUCAGUGGUGACCAUGAUAUGUGUGUGCCAUUUACUGGAACUGAGGCAUGGACACGAUCUCUUGGAUAUAAGAUCAUAGAUGAAUGGAGACCAUGGACCUCUAAUGACCAAGUUGCUGGAUACUUGCAGGCAUACAAUAACCACCUCAUCUUCCUCACUGUCAAGGGAGCUGGACACACAGUCCCUGAAUACAAGCCACGCGAGGCACUGGAUUUUUACAGCAGAUGGUUGGAAGGGAAAUCCAUAUAAAUCAUAGGCCACCUCAACUAUGUCCGAGUACUAAUUUGUUAUUAUUCGGUUAUGUAUAAUAAGCAAACUAUAUAGUGUAGCCAUUACACAUUUACUGCCAAUGUAAAAUUGGCAGAUUUCUCGUCAGUUGUUCAAAACCAAAUAGAAGGCUUCGUGACUAAGUAUAGUAUCAUUUUAAGGACAAUACAAGGUCCUCAUAAGUUACACAUGUCAAAAUAAAUAGGAUAAUUUGUCUUUUAGCAAUGUUACGAGACCAACAAAAUUUAUCAUUUUGGGUCAAUACUUAGCCAACAAACGUAUUUUUAAACGCAAUAUCCAAAGAAUAAGGUGUUGGCUAAACCCUAAACCCUAAACUUUUAAACCCUAAAUAUUAAACUCUAAAUCCUAAAUCCUAAUAGUAUAAAAAUAAAGUGUUAGUCCAAAAUAUUGGCUAAUAUUGAUAAAAAGUGUUGUUUCUAACAUUUCUUACUUUUUUUCUCUUUUCUUUCAGAAACCUCGUUAAGGAGAAAUGGAAGACUUUAAAAUAUUCAAAAUAUCUUUUGAACCCACAUAUUAUAAACUUUGACCCGUUCAAAAAUCUAGAACCAAUCCAUAAACCUAGCAAAGCAGUUGAAAUCAAUAAAUUCAAUGCACAAUGGUUUUUGUUAAAAGAAAAUAGAUUAUUUAAGUUAAAUCUCAAAGCACAGAAAUGCAUAAUACAACAUAAUCACUGGCGCUGGCAUGCAGGAAACGGACAUGAUGCAGA